AUGGAUGAAGAACCCUCAACUUUAGGUGGCAUAAAACGUCAUGUAUCAACAGAAUUACAAGACGAGAUCGAUUUGAUUGCUAACAAACGUCAGCAUAAAGCAGCAUCAUCUGCAGAUUUAGACGAUAAUCAGAAGAGAUGGUUGGUUGUUGGCAUAUGUCUGCACAGCAUCAUCUCACCAGCCCUGAGGGAAUAUGUCGAAUCAAUUGUAACAGUCCUUCUCCAUGAAUUAAAUCACAAAAACAACAUUGAUACGCAAACAUAUCAAACACAUCUUCGAACAUAUCCACCAAACGGUGCUUUCCUGAACUAUGAGACUGUCAAUAACAACAAACCAAAUUAUGGUAGAAAUAUAGCAAAGUACGACUACACUAUCAAGAAUGCAGUUGAUUUAUCCAAGCUAUGUCUUCAGACACAUAUGGCACACUAUACAGGCUUUGAUGAAACAUGUGACUCAUCCGCCUUACUGGGAUUGAUUUUAAACAUUGCCAAGUUUGAUCCAAUUGUACAAUCAGAUGCUGAUGAUGUACGAAGGCAUAUAAGAAAUCCAUGGGCUCAUUGUAAUUUUGCUGAGUGGGAUGCUUUGAAAUUCUCCAGUUCAUUUCAACUGAUGAAGAAGCUUGUCAAAGACCUGAAACUGACUCUUAAUGAAGAAACGAUUGUUAUCGACGAAAUGGAAAAAUGGGAAAUGAAUGGUCAACGUUUUUUAAGUGGAACAACUCAUGGUCUUGAGUUAGUCAACGAGCUCCGUCAACAAACCCAUGCGCUUGCUGUAUAUACAAAACUGGUGGCAACAGAAACAGAUGAUAAUUGUAUGAGAGUAAAGGAAGUACUAGAUAAAUUUGAAACCAACAUUUUUGAGAAAUUAGUACAAUUAGAUAAAGACAUGAAAACACGAUUUUUGGAAAUAGACAAAAAGUUGAAGUCCCAGGAUAAAACUGACGAAACACAAAUUGAUUCUCACGAAGUCGAUAUUGAAUGUUGGAAGGAGCAAGACGUGUUGUUUGUUGGAACACCCGUUGUAAAAGCGGUCUCUGAUAUACUUGAGUUAAAACCAACUGUGUUGAUAGUAGGCGAAUCUGGUAUAGGAAAGAGUAUGUUGAUGCAUCAUAUAGCCUUAAAAUUACAUGACAAGAUUGAAUACAGUUUGAUUCCAUGUUACGAAAUUCAAGAUAUAAUCCGUCAUUAUAAAAAGAACAUAAGCCAGAUGUUUGUUCUUGAUGAUAUCUGUGGAAGAUUUACGGUUAGUUUUGGUGAUAUUGAAUAUUUGGUUAAAAAUGAAGUGACUUUAAAACGAUUAUUGGAAAGGGGGAAAACAAAAAUAGCAGCAACAUGCCGAUUAGAUAUUUAUAGGGAUGAAAAAUUCCAUGCUUUCUGUUCUGUUAUCACAUCCAGUAUCUUUAAUUUGUCUGCAAUAUAUUCAAAGGAAGACAAAUUAAAGAUCUGUGCUAAGUAUCUAAACAAAGAUAAUAUUCAGCUUUUAACUAAUCAACAUGAGCCAUUCACACCUCUGAUGUGUUCUCUUUAUUCCAAAUAUGAACAUUUUAAUUUGACAGAUUUUUUCCACUGUCCUUACGACACAUUUCGAAAUGAAUGGGAAAAAUUGCAAUCAAUUGAUCCAUACAAAUAUUGCGCAUUGUUUUUGUGCGUUAUUCACAAUGGCAUCGUUAAUGAGUCUGUGUUUGAUAUUGAUACUGAAAAUAUUAACAUUAAUCAAAAAGACUUUAAAAAUAUUUUUGACAUUUGCGGAGUUGAUCAAAAUACUUCUAUGUGUAAAAUGAAAAGGGUCAUGAACCAAAUCAUUGGCACUUAUUUACGGAAAACUAAAAAACAUUAUUGGGUUAUACACGGCAGAAUGUUAGAUUUUAUGUGUUGUUAUUUUGGUAACAAAGAUGCAUUUGUCAGAGUUAUAUUGCGAUAUGCAUAUAUCGAAGUUGUCAAUCAGCGGAUACAGCUAGAAUCGAUUAAUGAUCAAUUUGACAAAUACACCAUAAUUGUGUCAAGGAAGUACGAACAUGAUUACUUUGAGAGAAUAAAACAUGAUUUAAAACGUGGAAAAGUGAAUCAAUGUUUUUGCAAUGCACAGAUGAAGCUUGCAAAGUAUAGGGUUUCAUUUCUCAAAGUUUUAAAAUCAAUAGAAAACGACUACAUAUUCGAUCAACACACCUUACAAGACAUAAUGAUAACAUCAUGCUUCCGAGGAUAUUAUAAUAUCGUUAUGUAUUUCAUUUCCAAAGACAUUAAUUUGAAUAAAGGGUUUUCGCACUAUACACCUCUGACAGCUGCUUGCAACGGAGAAAAUGAUGAUAUAGUGCAGUUACUUAUUGACAAAGGAUGUGAUGUUAAUCAGGUGGAUGGUAUGCUAGAUACAUCUCUGACAGCUGCUUGCAAGAGAGGAUAUACAAAGAUAGUACAGCUACUUAUAGACAAUGGAGGUGAUAUAAACCAGGUUAAUGGCAUGCUUGAGACACCUUUGACAUCUGCUUGUAGCUAUGGGAAUGAUGAGAUUUUACAGUUCCUUUUAAGCAAAGGAUGUAAUGUUAAUCAGGGUGAUGGUAUGGGAAAUACACCUCUGAUGGCUGCUUGCAGCAGAGAACACGAGAAGACAGUACAGUUACUAAUAAACAAAGGAAGUCAUGUUAAUCAGAUUAUUGAUAUGAGAGAAACACCUUUGACAGAGAGUUGUAGGAGAGGAAAUGAGAAGAUAGUACAGUUGCUUAUAGACAAAGGAGGAGGUGUUAAUCAGGUUGAUGGUUUAAGAGAGACCCCUUUGACAGCUGCCUGCAAGAGAGAAAAUCAGAAGAUAGUGCAGUUACUUAUAAACAGUGGAGGUGAUAUCAAUCAAUGUGACGAUAUUGGAGACACGCCUCUGAAAGCUGCUUGUGAGAUAGGAAAUGAUAAGAUGAUACAGUUACUUAUAGAUAAAGGAGGAUGCGUUAAUCAGGUGGAUGGUUUUAGAGAGACACCUCUGACAGCUGCUUGCAAGAGGGGAAAUGAGAAGAUAGUACAGUCAAUUAUUGACAACGAUGGUGAUAUUAACCAAGUUGAUGGUAUGGGAAGGACACCUCUGACAGUUGCUUGCAUGGGAGAACAUGUGAAUAUAGUCCAGUUACUUAUAUACAAGGGAGGCAAUAUAAACCAGGUUGAUAAUAUAAGUGAGACACUACUUAUAGCGGCUUGUGGAAGAGGGAAUGAGAAGAUAGUCCAAUUACUUAUCGACAAUGGAGCUGAUCUUAAGAAGAUAAAUAGUAUUAGUGAAUCUCCUGUGACAGCUGCUUGCAAAAGGGGAAAUGAGAAGAUAUUACGUUUACUUAUAGACAAUGGAUGUAGUGUUAACAAGAUGGAUGGAAUGAAAAGGACACCUCUGACAGUUGCUUGUCAAAUUGAAGAUGAGAAGAUGGUACAGUUGAUUAUAAAAAAAGGAGGAGAUGUUAAUCAAGUAGAUGGAAUGAGAGAUUCACCUCUGACAGUUGCUUGCGAGAGGAAAAAUGAAAAGAUAGUACAGUUACUUAUAGACAAUGGAUGUUAUGUUAACCAAGUGGAUGGUAUGAGAGACACACCAAUGACAGCUGCAUGCAAGAGGGGCAAUGAGAACAUAUUACAUAUACUUAUAGGCGUAGGAAGUGAUGUUAACAAGAUGGAUGGGAUGAGAAGAACACCUCUGACAGUUGCAUGUAACAGUGGAGAUGAAAAUAUAGUACGGUUACUUAUUGACCAAGGAGGUGAUGUUAACCAAGUGGAUGGUAUGAGAGAGACACCUCUCAGAGCUGCUUUCAAAACGAACAAUAAGAAGAUAGUACAGUUACUUAUAGAAAAAGGAGCUGACGUUAAUCAGGUUGGCGAUAUGAGAGGGACACAUCUGAUAGGUUUUUGCAAGACAGUAAUUGAGAGGAUAGAAUAUUUACUCAAAGUCAAUGAAUUUAAUGUUAACCUGUGUAAUGAUCUGAGUACCAGUCUGACACAGAUUACAACUGCUUACAAGGAGAUGGUAAAUGUUUCUAUAGACGACGGAUGUGAUGUUAACCGGUUUGAUGCAUAUUAUCAAAGUAUAACAUUGAACAAACUCAUUAUAUGA